CCGCAGCAGCCCAGCCGGAGCAGCAGCAGCGCAGCAGCGGGAAGAUGGCAGACGGCUUCUCGCUCAACGAUGCCUUAUCUGGAUCUGGACACCCGAAUCCUCAAGGGUGGCCCGGAGCCUGGGGGAACCAGCCUGGAGCCGGGGGCUACCCAGGCGCUGCCUAUCUUGGUAGUGCCUACCCAGGGCAGCCUGCUCCGGGGGCCUACCCAGGACAGGCACCUCCUGGGGGCCAGGCAGGCCCAGGAGCCUAUCCAGGCCCUGGCGCACCUGGCUCCUACCCCGGUGCUGCGCCCGGAGCCUACCCUGGUGCCAGCCCCUACAGUGCACCCUCUGGACCACUGACUGUGCCCUGCGACCUUCCCCUGCCUGGUGGGGUCGUCCCGCGCAUGCUCAUAACAAUCAUGGGCACCGUGAAGCCCAACGCCAACAGGCUGGCCCUGGACUUCAAGCAAGGGAAUGAUGUGGCCUUCCACUUCAACCCAUGCUUCAACGAGAACAGGCGGGUCAUCGUGUGCAACACCAAGCAGAACAAUGCCUGGGGCCAGGAGGAGCGGCAGCAGGCCUUCCCCUUCGAGAUAGGCAAACAGUUCAAGAUCCAGGUCCUGGUGGAACCUGACCACUUCAAGGUGGCGGUCAAUGACGCCCACCUGCUGCAGUACAACCACCGGGUGAGGAACUUCACAGCAAUCAACAGACUGGGGAUUUCUGGCGACAUAAACCUCACCAGUGCGUCCUACACCAUGAUAUAAUCCGGGAAGGAAGAUGCUUACGUAGAAAGGAUCGAAUCCAAACCUUGCCCAUUCACAGGCUCCAGGUCCACUCCGUGUGAAGAGUUUUACAUUUAUGUAUCAAUAUUCUCGUAAGUCAAUCAUUUAAUAAAUGUCAUGCGAAGU